AUGAACAAGGCAAUGCUGACCAUCUUUUCCGUAUUUGCCGUGUGGCAAAGAGAUCUCGCUGGAUCGAUUCGCCUCGAUCAAGGUUGCCUCUCCGGUUGGUCCGACGAGCUCCUCACCACCGCCACCACCGCUGCCACCGCCAAGCGCCACCGCUCGCUGGCUCGCAAGCCCAAACCACCAACCCUAACAUCCCGAAUGGCCACCGCAGAAGAGAAGCUCGAUGUGCUCGCGGCGCAGAUGAAGUCCAUGUUGCUGCUCAUGGAGACCUUCAACCGCUGGCGUCUUGAGGUUGACCGCUUCUCCACCGAGCUCAACAAGGAUGUCAAGCAACUCACGUCGCGCGUUGAGGCGUUGGAAGCGCAACCCAAAUCCGCUCCGCCUUCGGGCCCCGCAGCGCGAGGAAGAGGGGCGGGCCAAGGGCCCCGUUUGCCACUAUCCAUUUUCACGGUAGUGCUGAAUUAUGGCUACAAACGUACGAAGCACAACACUCUGAUGAUGACAUUAGUUGGGCAGAGCUUUGCAUUGCUGUUGAGUCUUAAAUUUGGUAGAGAUCUAUAUCACAAUGCCAUGAAUGAUCUACAGAUUAAGCAAACAGCUGAUGUGCAAGAGUAUUAUGAUAGGUCUCAAUGUGCUAUGCAUAAGGUCUUAGUUCACAACAAGUCCUUAGAUGAUGUAUUCUUUGUUAGCAAAUUUUUGCAAGGCCUCAAACCUGAUAUCAGUGCUGCAAUAGUGUUACAUAAACCAAGAACGGUUGAUGCGGCUUUGUCAUUGGCUCUCAUGCAGGCUAACAUAUUGGACAAUCAGACCAAGCCAUUCUUCAACAGGGCUUCGAGAAAUUACAACAAGUAUCAGGGCAAGCAAACUGUCAACACUCAACCCGGUAUUCUGGGUCCACACAACAAUGAAGAUCCUAAACCCAAAGGGGAUGACAAGCUGGCGGCACUACGUAGUCAGCGCAGGGCACAGGGUCUGUGUAUGAAAUGUGGAGAGAAGUGGAGCCGGCAACAUAAAUGUCCUGAUAAGGUCUCUCUACAUGUUCUCGAAGAGGUCUUGGAUGCUAUGCACACUGAGAGUGACAGUGAUGACAGUCAGGAAACCUCAUCUGAUGAAGACGGAGAUGAAGUAUUUCAGUUAUCAAACUGGGCGGCUGAAGGUGUGCAAGGCAAGAAAACCCUGAAAUUAACAGGUUUGGUGGGCAAUCAAGAGAUCCUUAUUCUCAUUGAUUCGGGAAGCUCCUGCACAUUCAUCAGUGAUAAAGCUGUCAAAGCUCUGUAG